GUGAGUCUUUGGGACGCGUAAAUAGGUUUGUUUAUGCAGCAGCACUUGUGUGUGCAUCCGACCAUCGCGGCCUCAAAGACGAGAUAAAUAUGGUCGCCCAUACGUGAUAAGGAUCGAAGGAAUGCCUAUCGUAACGAAUAGUUCGAUAGGUCUUUGCAGUCCGUUCUUGCCCCGUUGAUCGUUUUGGGUCCGGACAGAUGAGGACUGAGUAUACCUUGGGAACUACUUUGUGUCGGUUAGCCGUGCUGCGCCUUUCUCUCACACUCGCCUGUGCUAGUCCGCCAUCUUGAAUUUUAAUGUUAAUUUUUCUUUUUUUAAAACUGUGUUUCCUGUAAAAUUUACGGUGCUGUUUUAGAUAUCGAAGACUUUUAUGAAGGGUUGUUUUAUUGCACGCGUAUUCGAGGGCGCCACCCGGUGAGUAAAACAAUUUUUAUUCAAGACCCCAGUCUUCCCUACUUGUGAGUGUUUCUUCAUCUCAGAGACUAAAUGCAACUGGAUCAGGGGGCUUGUGGGCAUGAAGUGGCUGGGCGAAUCCAAGAACAUGGUAUUAAAUGGCAGACGACAUGGAAACAAGUUGACCAGCGAGCAGCCCGUGAGCCAGAGCCAGUCUCGGUCUCAGCAUUCACAGCGAGUCUCCCUGCGACACAACAAAACCCACCCCAGAAACCGAAGAUGUAGCCGUAGGUUUCAUGCAACCAGUCUGGAGGCUGAGAGGCGAUAUGUGCCCUCCUCAGGAAUGACUGCUAAGGAGCUCUGUGAAAAUGAUGACUUGACCACAAGUCUCAUAUUAGAUCCUUACCUGGGCUUUCAGACGCACAAAAUGAACACCAGAUUUCGACCAGUAAAGGGAAGGCAGGAGGAGCUGAAGGAAAUCAUUGAACGCUUCAAAAAACAUGAUAACUUGGAGAAAGCUUUCCGAGCGUUGAUAUCAGGAGACUGGUCCCGAAACCUUUUUCUUCACAAGACAAAAUCUCAAGAAAAGCUCUUUAAACAACAUGUAUUUGUCUAUUUGCGGGUGUUUGCUACUGACAGCGGGUUUGAGAUUCUUCCAUGUAAUCGCUAUUCUUCAGAGCAAAAUGGAGCCAAAAUUGUGGCAACUAAAGAAUGGAAGAGGAACGAUAAGAUCGAGUACUUGGUGGGAUGUAUUGCUGAGCUGUCAGAGAGUGAAGAAAACAUGCUGCUGCGGCAUGGAGAGAAUGACUUCAGUGUCAUGUAUUCAACACGCAAGAACUGUGCACAGCUCUGGCUGGGGCCAGCUGCUUUUAUUAAUCAUGAUUGUCGUCCAAACUGCAAGUUUGUAUCGACAGGGCGGGACACUGCCUGUGUAAAGGUGCUGAGGGAUAUUGAACCAGGCGAGGAAAUCUCUUGUUAUUAUGGAGAUGGAUUCUUUGGGGAAAAUAAUGAAUUUUGUGAAUGCUACACCUGUGAACGACGCGGCAUGGGAGCUUUCAAAUCCAAAGCCGGACUGCCUGUUGAAGUUCCAGUGAUCAACAGCAAAUACGGGUUGCGGGAGACCGACAAACGUCUGAACCGUCUGAAGAAGUUAGGAGAAGGAAACCCAAGUUUGGACUCUCACUCCGUAGGCUCCCACACCGAUCUAGACUCUCAGGAAUCGCCAAAAACACAUCAAUCUGCCAGAAAAAGAUCUUCUGGCCUCAAGUAUAGAAACAGGACUCAAACAAGACAGACUUUGUCAAGAGCCCUCACUACCUCAUGUUCAAAACAAGGACGUGUAAACAAUAAUAGGGUACCAAAGAGACUAAAAUCCCAAUCAAAGCCUUCACUAAGUAAAGUCCAGUUGCGGAGUCGCAGAAGGGGUGCAGAGCCCAAGGCAUUGGCCAAAGGUGAGACUUGCCAGCUGGGUCUCAGGGACUCAAAGGUGUCACUAUGUCAAGGUGUCUCCGUAAAGAAGGAGAAGGAUGGACAGGAGCUGGUCCAGCAGGCGCUUACCCAGCGGGGCUGCUUGACACGUCACGCCGCAAAGGAAAACGUGAAUUUAACGGUUGUGCAGCACGGUAAGGGUUGCCUCUCUUCAACAUACAGAACUCGCAGGUCCACCAGGACACUAGUCAAAGCCCAAGAAACAGCAGGUGGUGUCCAGCUGAAUCCCGGUGCUAUGCACAACUUGAGCCCAGCCCCUGGUGCCGUGGUCAUUAAAUCAGAGCCAUCGGACAUGGAGGAGUAUCUCCACCACGGGAUCGGUUUGGAGCAGCCACAAUUAGAUCCCAGCUAUGCCCAAAGGGGCUCAUGUGCAAGACUGAAACGGCCGACGCGGCUCGGGACAGAGCGAACAAUUAAAUGUGAGGACUCGUACGGUGAGCCGUUCAUGCCAAUGGCAUCUGGCCAUCCCGCCAACUACUCUGACUGUGGGAAGGUUCUCUUGAGCUUCUCUGACCGGCACAGGGACUACAACGGGGUUGCCAAUGGCCGAAAAUCCCUCCGCAGGGACAAAGGUAAGAGUAGCUGUCGCUCACAGGACAAGGGCAAGAAGAAGCGCAGGAUCACGCGUUACGAUGCCCAGUUGAUCCUGGAGAACACAACGGGUCUCCCCAAACUGACGCUCCGUCGACGAAGGGACAGUAGUAGCAGCAAGACCAGCGAUCCCAACGAUCUCAUUGGUUCUUCCAGUCUUUCUGCCUCAUCGGUGAACUCUGCUUCUUCCAGCAAGAUUAGCAUCAAGUUCAGCAAGGACCACGACAACGACAAAGGCAGUUCUUACAUAGCCAAACUUAAUAACGGCUUUGCUCCAGUCCACACUAACUCGACAAAGCUAAAGAUACAGCUGAAGAGAGAGGACGACGCACGGAGAAUCACCCCGAUGAAGGCGGAUCAGGUGUCAUUUCACGGUGACGUGUGUCCGGGUUUUGAGGCUAGAAGUGCUGGACAUCGGACCCAAAAGAUUCUGGCAGAGCCGUCGUCUGAUGACAAUGAUGCAGAUGCUGAUGAUGACGAUGAUGACUACUUUGACAAUGAUUUUGAAGACGAUUUCAUUCCACUUCCCCCCGCAAAACGUCUGCGACUCAUUGUGGGUAAAGACUCCAUCGACAUUGAUAUCUCCUCCAGGAGGAGAGAGGAUCAGUCUCUGAGACUCAAUGCAUAGCUUGUGGAGCUCAUCACUCCUCUCCUUGUAAAUAAAGAAAACAAGCUAAUCAACUCUUGUGUUGAUGUAAAAUAAGUACAGUAAUUUAAAAAUAAAAAUCUCCCAAAAAUUUACAUCUGGGCCAGUAUUCAUGAAGAUUCUGAAGUGUCACCAGAGAACCCCCAAUUUAUAAUAAAAACUAAGUUGAGAUGCAACCUGAUUUUAUUUUGACAUCUAAAAUUGGGUAUGCUCCUCAAAAUACACCCUCUCGCCCCAAAAUCAUCUUUGAAUGUUUCGAUAAAAUCCCUCACAGUGCUUAACAAAUUUCUUAGGCCACUUAUUACAAUCAAAUAAGACACUAUCCAAUAUCAUGGCAUGCUUUAAAGCAGACUUGUUCAAUAUCAAUGAGCUUGUGAAGAUGCAGUCAUUUGGACCUGUUGCGUCCAUUUAGAAGACUGAACAAAUUUCACCUACUCUGAGGACAGGAUACAUUAUGAAUACUGGCCUAGAACAUUACUAGAAGGGGCUGGUAACGUAAAACAAAUCUCUACUCAAUUUCAAUUGCAUUCAGUACCUAAUGUGAUUUUUUUUUUUUUUUUCCCCCCCCCCUUCCUUCCACCACUGGUUUACAUCAACACGUAUCCGUUUUACCAUUCACAGACAAUUUUAUAAUCAAUCGUCAUGGUUCUCACUUGGGAUUUUGAGAAUGAGGCCAACUGGAACAUCAUUUAUGUGUUGCAUUUUGUUGAUUGCCUGUUGUAAUGAAAUGGCCGUGUUGGUUGAGCCUUCCAAACCACAUCCUAUCAACUGGACAAUUAAAACUGCAUCAAAGUCAAGUCAGCCAAACCACAUAAAACACCAGGUAUGGUGCCCUGCGAUAGUAUUAGCCCCCUAUGAUUUAUUUGACCUUUUGCAACAUUUCAGGUCUCAAAACAUAAAAUUUGAUUUUUUUGUGUUUUUAUGUGUGAAAAGGAUUUGAAAUUAUCUCCCCCACAACCCAUACACAAGUAUGUGUGUCACUUUUGCACAUUGAGAGAUGGAAAUUUCUGCCCAUUCUAACGUGCUAAACAUCUCCAGGUCAAGUCGAGUAGCUGGAUAGCAUUUGUAAAAAGUUGUUUACAAUUGGAUUCAGGUCUGGACUUUGACUUGGUCAUUUAAACAUCUGGAUAUGUUUCGUUUUGAACCAUUCCAUUGACGAUUUUGCUUUGUCAGAAGAUAAACCCUGCAUCUUAAGUUUUUUUGCAGACCCCAACAGAUUUUCUUCUUAAAUGGCCCUAUAUUUUGCUUCAUCCAUCUUCCAGUCCCUACUGAAGAAAAGCAGCCUUAGACCAUGACUCCAAAUCUUUUAACGUUCCAGCAUCCCCGAUGCGGGACAGCUGCUUUGUAUUGUUUGCCAGGGAAGGCCAAGGCCUUGUAGCUACUUGUGAUACACAUUUAUAUUAAAACCAGAUAACACAUCUAAUCUAAUCAUCAGUCAAUUUGGUCAACAUUGGAUCUGUCAGAAAUCAGCCACUGGGCUGCAAAAGAAAUAGGGGGUGAAUAAUUUUGCACAUCCUACGUUUAUUAUUAUUAAGCCUUAAAUGUUGCAGAAGUUCAAGGGGGGGGGGGUGUUAAUGCUUUCUCAAGACACUAGCUACUUUAACUGUUAUCAUUUUAUAUCAGAUGGCUUUCUGUCCUACUUACAUCCUACCCUUUUGAUUGGAAGCUACAUCCAUACAUAUUUUUGUUUAGAUCACGGGUCGUCAGCAACAAAUAACAAACUUCUGAAAUGACAAACUUGCUAAAAGGCCUUUUUGGUUGCAACCUUAGCGCGAUACAGAAAAUGGAUGGAUGGUAUUCAUGUGUGUGAAGACAUGUUCAUGAUUUUUCACAAUUACAAACUACACUUUAGUAAUGUAGGAAACUAUGCAACAUUUUAUUCCUAUUUUCAAAUAACUGACAACAUUCCAAGGAAAUCACAAUGCCCCGUCACUGGUUAGCUAUUCUUAGAACAAGGCUGCCGGCUACUCAUGCGAAAGGUUGAGAUCAAUGUUUGUUACGUACAUUUCUUUUGCGCAGUGGGAUGAUUAUCUUAGAAAUUCCUCAUUCCUUAUGUCUUUUGUUUGGAAGGCACCCCACAUGACAGGGGGAAAAAAAAUCUCCCUACGCUCCCCCUCAAAUUAUUUCUGUAUUUAGUAGUAGUUAAUUUACCGGCAGCAAAUGUUGGACUUGGUUACUUUCAUGGCAAAAGUUGCACUCGCCCUGUGCAAUUUAAAAUGCAGAAAGAUCAUCUUGUUCUUGAAUAGUCUUAGUUGCAGAAUUGAAAUUUGAGAGAAUUGUUUUAUGUUCAACUAUUCCUUUCAGUGAGUGCACUUGUUAUAUUCAUAAUGGACAUCGAUAUUGUAGAAAGUGUACAGUGACUAUCCACUCUGUCUUAUAGGCAGGUUUUUAUUAAGCUUUUUUUUUUUUUUUCCCCCGUCAUAGUUUGUAUUUUUUUUUGUAUGUAAGAAACCAUGCUGACUGUUCAGUGUGGUGCUGUUGGUCCAGAAGCAUUAUUGCUAAGUCACUUCAUUUCGAUUAAUGUGCCAUGUUUUAAUUACUGCAGUCUCUAAACCUGGGACUUUUCUUUCAUUACUAUCAGCAUUUUUUUUGUAAAAUGUAAACGAGUUCAUCAAAACAAAUCUAAGCACAUGGUUUUGUUGUUCAUGACUAUUUAAAUGAGCCAAUGUUUCUUUUGUUUUAGAGCCACUCUGUAAUAAAAACAUGGCAAAUCAAAGGAAGUUGGUUUGGAUAUGCAUAAAGGUGACCUUGACUUUAAAACCUCUCAUUAAAAAAAAAGUAAUUUACAGAAAGACUGGCUUAUGUUGGAUAAUCACAGUUAAUAUUUUUAAGAGCAGACCCUUAAUUUUAUUUUUUUUGGAGUCAUUUUGAAAUGCUGUUCAUCAGCACAGUUUGAGAAAGCAAAUUAUCUCAAACAAACUUGUCAUUUUACCUGUAGUCCUAUGCUUUCCUUGCUUUUGAUUUCUUGCCUGUCUCAUAGUGUUGCACAUGGCAGCAUAAGGUCAGACUUCAACUCACUCCAAAUAUUUGUGUCAUUCUCACAAUUUCUGAAAGUAUAUUCAGUCCAGUAUCAACAGGUGCCUUAAGCAAUUUGACCAAAUUUAAAGAUGAAAUAAUUCAAAAUGCUCAGCUUCCCUCUUGAAAUUGUUGCAUUUACUAGUCAGUCUUUCUGUCUAUUAUUUUUCUCCUCACUGGAAGUUAAAUAGCCCAAUAGCUCAAGGGAUCAACUAUAAAAAAAAAAAAUGUUUACCUACUUUUUGUGUUAUGUACUGUUCAUAUCACCAGCAGCUAAUCAUCGUUUUCCAAUGGGCUUUGUCCGUCCCCUUUGUCAGAUUGUCUGCAUCCUACUACACUGUUCCAGAUGUACCGUUUGUGUGCUCUUUGUCCAAUAGACAGCUGUCAACCUUUCCUAUUGAUUCAAAGAGGAAACAAAAAAUGUAAAUAGUUUGCGAACAUUUAGCGUGUUGCGUGGUUAGUGGGAAACCUGUAAAGAGAAUUAAAACUGGGCAGUGCAUCUAUUGUCCAAUAUGUAAAUCACGUGAACACGCCUUGUACUUAUUUAACAGUUUGGAAUACUUGAAAACUAUAUAAAAUUGCUUUGUGACUCA